AUGAAAAAGUUAUUCUUUUUUUUAUUUAUUUGUAUUUUCAAAAUAUGGACUGAAAAAGCUAAAGCUUCUAAAUUUAUAAGUCUUAAGAAAAAAAAAAAUGCAAACUCAAUUGAAGUAAACCAUUUAAAUAAUAGGGAACAUACAAAUUAUAGUUUUCUUAUGAAUAAAAAAGAAAAUGAUGAUGAAAAAGAAGAUAAAGAUCAUAAUUUAAAAAAAGAUAAAGAAGGAGAUGAAAAUAAUUCAAAUGAAAGAAAACAUGAAGAAGAAAAUUCAAAUGAAAAGAAGCAUGAAGAAAACUCUAAUGAAAAAAGUAAUGAUGAUAAUAGUUUAAAGAAAAAAGAUGAACAUGUACCUGUAGAGAAAAAAAUUAAUAAAGAAAAUUUAUUAGAAUAUGGUACCCAUGAUAAUGAUGGAAAUUUUAUUCCUUCUUAUAAAACAUUAACUGAUGAAAUUCUUUCAACAAAUAAUUCAAUGGAAAGAGCAUCAAGUUUCUUAAAAAUUGCUUGUUCUCAUAUAUUAAAAAUUUUAGAAUUUGUCCCAGAAUCAAAGUUAUCAUCUCAGUAUAUAAAAGUAGAAUCAAAAACUGUUUACUUAAAAGAACUCGGUAUUGAAUGUCAAAAUAUAUAUUUUUCAUUAGAAAAAUUAAGUAUGUCAGUAAUUGUGCUUAAUUCAAAAAUUAACAAAUUGAUAUAUGUAACAGAAAAGUAA